AUUGUUUUUAUGGUAUGGAACCGAAAGUGGUAGAGUUAACACAUAGUGGAAAUGCUGUUAUCGAUAAAUGUAUCAUUACAUUUUCUACUCUUAUCAUAGAAGUGGAUAUUUUGGUGGAAAAAGCACGAAACACAUUCUAUCAAGCAUUAAUUGUUUAUGGGGAAGAUGCUGAUGGAUGCUUAUCAUCAGAGGGUGGUACUGUAAAAAUGAUUGCUCGAUUUCUGCCACAACUUCAACAACUUCAUGUUUUUGUCAAUCGUUGUUAUGAAGUAUUUCGUAAUAUUAUUUCUCAAUUUCAUGCUUUUCUUUCUCUAAAGGGCAGUGUUUUGGAGCAAGCUCAGGAAAGGAAGUUACUGAGGGUGUGGCGUUCACUUGGAUUAUUGUUAUCCGUUUUGAUUUCACUUGACGAAAUUAUACGACAACAAUCUACUUUGCAGCAACACUGGCAAUCAUAUUAUAGAGCAAUGCAAUUAGUAGCUCAUAAUCCAUCGCAGUUCGAUGCAAAAUCGGAUUUGUUGCAACCUCUUCAGCGAUUAAUUGCAAGCAUCAAUCAAUCAAUUAUGCAAGCCAGUCUUUAUAAGAAUUGUUGUCAACAAAUGUUCGAGAAAAAUUUGCAUGAAAAUCUACAGCUCAGUGAACGAAUGAAAGCCAUAACAAUUGAAAUGUUUGAAAAAUGGGAUCGAAUAGCUACAGAUGAUAUGCCGGAUAAGCGAUAUCUAAUGGCAAUCGUUGCUCUUGCUUUAUGCCAUAUGUUCAUGUUUCGUACGGUUGAUAAGAAAAUGAUGCGAAUCAUUUGGAAUAGUUAUAAAAAGCUCCCGCUAUUCCACCUCUAUGGAUAUGUGAUUUGGUCUCCGUGUGAAUUUAUGCUGGAGAAUUUGGCUGAAGUAGAUCGUGUAAUUGAUAAGAAAAUGAUAGCUGCAAUGACAACUGCAAAAUCUGCUCAAUUUAUUCAAAAUAUGGAAGCACUACCACGUGAAGCAGCUAGUGCAGUAACUAUUUUAGACGAAUGGAAAUGUGAUAUGAACGAAAAACUGAAGGAGAGAUCGGAACGAAUGUCGAAAGAUCAAUUGACACAACGAAUUUCACUUUUUUUGCGAGGUAUUCGCUAUGCAGAUUUAAUAUGUCGUCUUUUAAAAACUUUGAUGAGUAGAUUGGUGGUAGAACAGAAAGCUAUAUCACGUAGUUCUGCUUCAGCUGCUUUUCGCUUAAUUGAAACGAUUAAAGAAAUCGAGGAGAUAUUUUGGAAAUGGUGGUAUGAUGUUUUAGAAAGUUGUCAAGAAGCAGCUCAGUAUUGUAGUGCUAAGCUUAUUCAUUUGAUCAGCACAGUGCACCAGACAAUUCGUAGCGAAUCCGAUUUUUCCUACCGUACCGUUGACAAACUUUCUGCAUUAACUGUUGCUGAGAAUGCUCUUUCAGGUUUGAUUUCGCGAACCAGUUUGGCUGUUGCAGGCACAGCAUUAGACAUGGCUUGUUAUACGAAAAUAUUUCGUGGAAGUGAUGCUGAAAAGGUGGACGAAUUACUUGUACGUCUGGAAACUCUUUCAUCAUUGGGAAAUAUUGUUUCUCGCACCUGUAAUUGUUCAUUUUUAUUCUGGCAUCGGUCAUUCAUCGCUGCAUAUUUUAGCGCAAUCAUUGAAAAUAACAAUUCACGACCUGAGUUUUUCUUCGAUGCAAUCAAUGACAUUGAAACAAUACUGGGUUCAGAUGAGAACGAAUUUGAUAUAAAGAUCAAGGAAUCGGUGCGAGAGGAAUUAUAUGAGUUGUACGAAAAGUUGUAUUUGAAAAAACUAUGUGAAACAGUAGAAACAGAUUUACGGUUAACCUUUCAUUCUCAUCUCCAACUGGACGAUCGUACACCGAAGGAUCCGAUCCAUGAUACAAACAUGCGUUUAGUUCAUUUAUUGCAAAUGCCCGCGGUGCAACUGUUUGAUCGAUUGAUUGAUGUGAAACGAUAUGUUGAGAAGUAUUUGGAAAGUACAUUCUACAAUUUGACAGCUGUCGCUUUGCAUGAUUCGAACACCUACAUGACAAUGGGCUUGUUGGCUAAACAAAAGUAUAAUUUAAUCUUAUGUCAGAGUCGUCUACCAUUUCAAAAACUUGAUCAAGGUCCAGAUGUAUUAUUUGUUGCACGAAAUAUCGACUCAUUUGUGGAAAAUUAUGACUAUAAUUUAAAUGAACAGUUCUUUAUCGAAAAAGACAGUAAAAGCAAGCAAUUAACCAUACUAACUGCUGAACAUGUUGCUAAUUCGAUACGAACCCAUGGUAUGGGUAUUAUGCAUACGAUGAUCAAUCAUGCUUAUCAGUUUCUCAAAAAGAAAUUCUACACUUUUUCGCAACUCUUAUACGAUGAUCGUAUUAGGAAUCAGUUGAUUAAGGAUGAGCGAUAUUUUCAUGAGAAUGGUGAAAAACUCGGAAAAAUGUAUCCGGUAAGUCGAGCGCAACGUUUCAACGCUGCAAUUCGGUUCCUUGGUGUUUCGGAUGAUGAUUUGUACUUGGAUAAGUUGCGUAUUCUGAUCACUGAAAUCGGAAAUGUCAUGGGCUACGUAAGGCUCGUAAGAUCAGGUGGUAUUGAAGCGAGUAUUCAAUCCUUGGGAUUUCUUCCCAAUCUUGAUGAUGUCCCAUCCUUCGAACCGCUUGCAAUCAACUCAAAACUAUCAUCGGAAACUAUCAAUGCUGCUAGAGUACUGGAUAAUGUUUUCGAUGUGGCAAAAAAGAAUAUUAAUCAAUCGGACAACUAUUUACAGAUUCUUGUGGAAGCGUUCGCUCCAGAAUUGUGCGAGAAUACGAAAUAUGAGCAUUUGAACUUCUUUUACAUGAUUGUGCCACCGUUAACAAUCAAUUACGUGGACAGAAUGCUAUCUUGCAAAGGGAAAUUAGGACGAAGAGCGAAACAGAACAACACCUUUACGGAUGAUGGAUUUAUUCUUGGUGUAGCAUUUAUCUUGGUACUAUUGGGUCAGCACACUUAUUUCUCAUCUUUGAACUGGUUCCAGUCGGUGGCCCGUGAAUGUGAAGAAGAAAUUGUUAAUGCCUCACUCAACUCUAAAAGUUCAUCUACUAAAAUUGCUUUGGAUCCAUCGGUAGCAAUCCGUCUGGCGAAGCUGGACCAAUACCAGAAAGAAUUCCAAUUGCUUUCGUACACAUUCAGUUCCGCUAAAAUAUUCUUCAAUUCAAGUCAGGAUGCAGGAACUCGGCCAUUGCAUACCGCGGAAUCGUGGGAUGCCAAGUUUGCACAUCGUGUAUGUCGACGUUACGGUUUUGGAUUUUGCUACGUGGAACUACCACGUCAUAUGUUGCGACAAGUCAUGAUGCUGGAAUUGAGUGGUCCAGUGCGCUGUACAUUUACAAUCUGUCACGUGUUAACCGUGUUGCGGUACAUCAUAUAUUGA